UUUCCUGGCCCUCGCCCUAACCUCCAUUCUCUCUGCAUCCUUUCUCAUCUACAAAUCUUGUUUCGUUCGAUCAACAUCGUCUUCUUCAUACAAGCUCCCACCAGGCCCUCGUCCCUACCCAGUAAUUGGGAACAUCCUUGAGCGCGGCUCUAACCCUCUCUUGUCCAUCACGAACCUCUCCAAAUCUCAUGGACCCAUUAUGUCACUCACGUUAGGCACAAGGAUCGCCAUAAUUAUCUCUUCUCAAGAAAUAGCCGGAGAAGCUUUUCACAAACACGACCUAGACUUCUCUAGUCGAACCUUCCCUGACAGUGCUCGAGCUCUCAAUCAUCACCAAGUCUCCAUAGCUUGGCUUCCCGUUUCAACUCAAUGGAAAGCCCUUAGAUGAGCUUGUGUUAUGAAAAUUUUCUCAAAUCUGAAGCUGGACUCCACCUAGUUUCUACGUCAAAACAAGGUAGGAGACUUAAUCAAUCAUAUCCAUGAAUAUUCCAUUAAAGGUGAGGCUAUAUAUCUUGCUGAGGCUUUCUUUAACAUAGUUCUCAAUUUAGCAUUGAACAUGCUUUUUUCCAUGGGUUUUGCUUGUUAUGGUUCCAAUAAGACUCAGGAGUAUAAGAAGUUAGUGACUGGGAUCGUGGAUGAAAAUGGGAGGCCUAAUGUUUCUGAUAUUUUUCUUGUUUUGAGUUUUCUUGAUCGACAAGGCGUUCGCGUGAGGAUGAGAGGUUAUUAUAAAAAGUUUUAUAAACUUGUUGAUGAUAUUUGGGAAGAGACAUUGCAUUUAAGAGGUUCCAACAUAGUUUCCAAAGAAAACAAUGAUGCGUUGGAUUCAAUUCUUGAUCUUAUCGAAGACGAUUCUUCACAAUUUAGCUGUGGUGAUGUCAUUUAUUUGUUCAUAGAUUUAUUUGUGGCGGGGACUGACACAACACCGAGCAAACUUGAAUGGACAAUGGCAGAAUUAAUACGAAACCCAGAGAAAAUGGUGAAUGUAAGAACAAAACUCCAACAUGUUCUUGGUAAUAAAAAUAAUACUUUGAAUCUUGAAGAGACUAUGAGCUCAAAGUUGACUUACCUACAAGCAAUACAAAAAGAGACUUUACACCUACACCCACCAGUACCAUAUCUACUACCCUGCAAGGCAAUUUGUGAUGUAGAGUUAUGUGGCUUCUUAGUUCCCAAAAACGCACAGAUUUUUGUAAAUGUGUGGGCUAUGGGAAGAGACCCAACCAUAUGGGAUAAACCUAAUUCAUUUAUCCCUAAAAGGUUUUUGGAAAGUGAGAUUGAUUUUAAGGCUAAUGAUUUUAAGUUUAUUCCAUUUGGUGUUGGGAGGAGGAUGUGUCCUGGGUUGCCCUUGGCUUCUAGGGUACUUCCCUUUAUGUUGGCAUCUCUUACAUAUCAUUUUGAUUGGAAGGUUCCAGAUGGGCUAAAGCUAGAGGAUAUGGAUAUGAGUCAAAACUAUGGGAUUUUAUUGCAUAAGGCUCAACCUCUAAGAGCUGUUCCUGUCAAAAUGUAGUAAUUAUGAAUUUGUUAAUUUCAUUCAUGAUGAAGAAUUAAGUGUUGGUAAAAAAUGUGAUACUCGAUUAAAUAAAUAAUAACUUGUGUUGCUUGCCUCGGGCUGGUCUUGUAGUUUUCACUUCAAUAGUCUACAACUCUAUAAUCUCAAUAAAUACAUUUAGAAAUAUUUUGGGUCAUUGUAAAAGGGUUCCCAACUAGAAACAACUCAUACGUUAAACUAUAACACCAUGUACUUAAACAUUAAUUAUGCCGAUUAAAUUAUCAAGACCUCUUUCAUCAAGUUUGCCAUAAAUUUCUAAUUUUAUCAAAUUCUGCAAACCUAGAAAACUUCAUCGCAUAAUACAAACCCAGAAACCCUAACCUAAAAUCUUCUACACCCAA